GCCCCACCCCCCGACUCCCCGGCUCCCGUCCCCCUCCUCGGCAAGAGCGCAUUACCCCGAUGAGGCACUUCCUGAUCGUGGCGCUGAUCGCCGCCCUUCUGGGCCCGGCCCUGGCGCUGGGCCCGGCCUGUCAGCGCUCGGCCGACGCGCCGGUCUUCACCGGCGAGCCCUCUUGGCCCAGCCCCAUGAAGGCCAACCUGACCAUUGCCCUGCUCGGUGACGUUGCCAUGCGCAAUGAAUCGGUCCUGGUGUUCGAUCUGAUCAAGCGCCGCGGCGCGGACUUCGCCAUCCACGCCGGUGACUUCGACUAUGACAAUGAUCCCGAAUCGUGGGAGCAGUUCAUCGAUCGCGAGCUCGGCGAGUACUACCCCUACUUUGCGGUCAUCGGCAACCACGACCAGCUUCGUUGGUCCGGCUACGAGAAGGGCAUCGUCAACCGCAUGCGCCGCCUCGGCGCCGACAACCACUGCAAGGGUGUUCCCGGCAUCUCGACCGUCUGCAACUGGGAAGGCUUCCUCUUUGCCAUGUCUGGCGUGGGGUGCCGCCUUGGUGACCACGAAGAGUUCCUCGAGGAGGCCCUCGGCUCAUAUGCCAACCCCUGGAAGCUGUGCACCUGGCACAAGAACCAGCGUAUGUACCAGAUCGGCGGCAAGCUCAGCACCACCGGCUACGGGGUGUACGAUGCCUGCCGCCGUGCCGGCGCCCUCAUCCACACCGGCCACGAGCACUCCUACUCGCGCACGCACCUGAUGUCCAACUUCGAGAAGUAUGCCGUGGCCUCCACCGACCGGGACAUUCACCUGUCCGCCGGGCGCACGAUCGCCUGGGUAAGUGGCCUCGGCGGUCGCGGCGUUCGUGACUGGAAUGAGGAUCUCGUGUCCAACCCCUGGUGGGCCGCCGUCGGCGCCUCGAACAAUGGCAUCCAGGAGGGCGCCCUCUUCUGCACCUUCAACAUCCACGGCGACCCGCGCCGGGCCUUCUGUGAAUUCGAGGACAUCGCCGGCCGCAUCUGGGACCAGUUCCAGGUCUUCUCGCAUGUGGAUCCGCAUGGUGUCCCAGCUCCACAGAGCCGCCUCGAGGAGGAGCUUGAGACUCGCAACCGCGGUGAUGACCUCUGCCGGACCCGCCAGUUUGAGGUCCAGGUCAUGCGCCAGAAGGACAACUACAUCUUCGACCGGGCUUCCGGCACUCGGGUCCUCACUCGCGAUGCGGCCCUGACCGUGGACGAGAACCAGUCCGUGCGCCUGAUCUUCCGCGAUCUGCCGGCCGAGAUCCCGGCGGGCGAUCUGCUUUCGGCGCACAUCCAGCUCCUGGGUCUCGAAUCUGACCAGCAUGAGCUUCCCCUGCUGCGCAUCGGUUCGCCGGUCGGCGCGGCCGAGCCCGUCGCCUGGUCCUACGAGGAUGAGGAGUGGGAGGCCAGCACCGUUUGGACCACUCCCGACCUCAUUGACAUUGUGCGUGAUGCGUACAUCGCUGCCGAGGGCGGCAUCAUCGGCCCCUCGGUCACGGUGGACAUUUCCAGUGUCUUUGGCCGGCGCUCCUUUGCCGCCUUCGAGCCGGACAUGUGCCUGGCUGCCUCGCUCUAUGUCGAGUACCGGAGCUGCUGAGCCGCCCCGGGACACACCCGGUGGAGUAGUGACGCUUUCCGGCGUAUUUUUUUUCCUUAGGUCCCCCCCCCCCCCCCUGUGUGUGUGCGUGUGCAUGCGCCUGCGCCUGUGUGUCCUCUCGGCAGAGGGCGUGCGCCAAAUGUAUACACCACCUUCUCCCUCGCAUGGAGUGUCCUUG